UUUUUUUUUUUUGCUCUUGUUAGACUGCUAGUCCAUCUACUUGAAUACUGUCUACAUAGUCAUCAGUGAUGCUUCAAUACUGUUCUUCUUUAUCCUUUGGUUCUCCUUUAGUCCAAGCUAACGGAUUCCAAGAAAACAGUGAAAACUGGCCUGCCUACAUGAGUCAUUACCAACCGCAACAAGUGAUGAAUGCUUCUCAAAACAUGACAAUAACAAAUUCGCCACUUCAAUCAUCGAUAUUGUGUUCCAAUAAUAACCGGCCUUUGUAUGAUGAACUCAUGGUAUCACCAACCAACAAGUACGAUAAUGACCCUCAUCGACAGUAUAGUAGGAAAAAUAUCAGCGACAGGGAACAACAAACACUAUCUGGCGAUGAAUUGCAAGCACUUACUAGCAUCCCAAUAUCAAGAAUGUCCUCUGGAAUAAGUAACAUUGAUGAGAAAAAUGGAAACAGCAAUUGUAAUGGCGAUGAUGACAAGGAUGAUACAGCCUCUCUUGUUCACCUCAGUCGACGACUUCGUACCAACCUUUCUUUGGCUAAGCAACGAAUGAUGAUUGGUUUGAAACAAUCGAAUAAACCGAAUGAUAUUGCGAUAUAUACCCAACUGGAAAACAUUACCUUGAACGAUUCUUCUUGUUCGUCUGUUGUACCUGAUACAAUGGUAAAACACAUAUCAUCAUCAUCAUCAUCAUCGUCAUCAAUAACCAAAUCAACAAGAACAUAUCUACCAAGAUCUGUCACCUCUACUAUUACUCCUGCAACUACAGUUGGAAAUGGCAAAAAUCUAUUCUCUAAUAAACAUCAUUUACAUCAUCUCAAUAAAAAAAAAUCAUCUAUUAUACCCUUCUCAGCACCAUUUUUAUCAACCAACGACAAUAACAGCAACAAAUUUAGGGUGCACAAGAAAAAACCUUACUGUCGUGGCUCGUCAUACAUGGAACUCCAAACCAAUCCAAAUGGUUACGUUUCAGUGGUAUUGCGCAAGUCAUCAUCCUCAUCCAAAGAUUCCUAUGCAACAUUAACUCGAUCUUUUUCAUUCAACAUACUUGAUGAAGAUUCAGAAGAGGAUGAUUCUGAUGAUUCUGACAUGGAAACGGGUGAUGAUUCUGAAAUGGAAACGCGUGAUGAUUCUACUUUUGGAAAUGAUGGUAUGAAUGCAACAACAACAACUUCAGAUUUGGCAGGACCAGGUCCUUGGACGCCCCCUUUUACUACUAUGACAACUACAAAUGAUGAUGAUGAUGAUGAAAUGAAACUCAAUUUGGAUAUGAUGGAAAUGAUGACACCAACAUGGAUGAACGAUAUGGAAUAUGUCUGGCAACAACAGCAACAACAACAAAAAUAUGAUGAUGAUGAUCAAUAUGAUGGAAACAACGUUUUACAUAUGGCUGAUCCUACUAUGAAUGAAAAUGAAAUUGAUUCCUGGUUACAAAGAGGUGGAUUUGGAUGUAGUCCAUUGGUCGCAGCCACUGAUCAAGAAUUAGCAGAUUUACUUCAAUUUGAUUGAACCAUCCAACGUGUUUUGAUGUUACCUAUGAUUUUUUUUUUUUAUGUCUCCACUUCUCAAUGAAUUAUGAUAAAAAUAAAGAACUAUGCUAUUUUUGUACAUACCAAUCAAAAUACUGAUGUACCUGGGUUUUACAAGUAGAACUUUGUUUUGAUGAUGAUGAUGAUGAUAAUGUCUUUUUAUUUUUG